UUUCGUGGCAAGUACUUCUCACGCGGAUACAUUAGGGAGUUCUACAAUAAUGUACUUGAAAGGAUUCACAUGCUGUUGAAAGAUUUGAGCGCUUUCUACAUGCUACCUGAUGUGCAGGCAGCAGCUAUAAAUGUGCUGGAUAGUCCACACGCGUACUUCAAUGAGAAUAAACUGCAGCCCAAGCACUCUUUUGUCAGUCUAUUUGGUCAUGAAGAAGCCAAAGGACUGCUGGCCAAACCAUUGGUCCGCGGAGAGCACGUUGUGGAAAUGAUCGACGAAGUUGCUACUCUGCUAAUGUGGAUGGUCUAUUUUUCUUGUGGCAGUCCGUAUCGAUUUCCAGAGCUUCUGACUUUGAAAUAUGCAGGCGACGAUCGCAACGUGUUUUUGGACGAUAAGUCGCGGUGCAUCCAGCUGCUGACAACGUACUCCAAGGUGCGUGGCUACAGAAAGAUUAUUAAAAUGCUGGACAAGCGAACUUCGAACUAUUUGUUCUACUUUAUCAUGGUAUUACGACCUAUACAGAUUGAUAUCGUGGGCAAGGAAUACGACAAGAUUGGUCCUGAUAUCUUUGGAGAGGCGAUAUACAGUGACGAGGAGGUACCGCUUCACUUCGAGGGAGAUGAGGAUCUUACAAACGAUAAGAUCUCAGCUAGUAUCAUUCGCUCGUAUCUCUUUGUUGAUGUGGCCAAAGGAAGACUCAUCAAGGAUGCUACCUUCUUUUCUAUGCUGAAGAAGUAUCCAAAGUCCGUGCAGCAGGUCCAGCGACUAAACUUCCGAGAGCUAAGGCACGCCAUGAUAGCGGUCAUCAGAAAGUACAUCAAAGCAGAUGGCGACUUGGGUCAGACCCUAUGGAAUGCAAUGAAGGAGCUCUUGUCUGCGCACUCAGUUAGAACAGGCAGAGAGGUCUACGCGGUUGAUCCUUCUUCCAUAGAGAGUGUGGAGCCUUCAACUGCUGGAGAGCUGCAGUUGGGAGUGGCCAGAAUGUGGCAUGCUUGGAUUCACUUUGACGUCACUAUACGAGUAGAGACCAUGCCCAGUGGCCAAAUCGAAAGCGCAGCGCCUCCUUUCCGACCUAGAGUCAGUCUAAAGGACAUUUUCGAAGCUAGGCAAAGCAUAUACGGGAGGGGCUUCAAGCUCAGUCCGGACCAGCUGCUACUUGUCAGUGAGAUAUAUCUAUCAACGACACCAGUGAUUCCCAUUCAGGCUCCUACGGGGUUUGGUAAGACGUUGCUGUUUGAGUUGCCCAUGUUGGCAUUGCGCAAGAAAAAUGUCGUCUCGUUUGUCUUUGUUCCUUACAAUACGCUUCUCGGAGACAUGAGUCAAAGACUGCAGAAAGACGGACUGCGCGUAGGCUUUGUGCGCGAUCUGCUGAGUGAUGACCCUGUUGGACGUUACGACUUUUGUGCCAUUUACGUGGGAAUAUUUGAUAACAUGGGAAGAUCUGAUUUCAGGCUUCUGAUUGAGCGGUGGCAGCUUCUGAUAGAGGGUGCAUCCUUAGGAAUGCUAGUGAUUGACGAGUGUCAUAAUCUGUACGACGAAAGAGAUUUUAGAGCAUCCGGUUUCAAAGGCAUUCCAGCUGUUCCUUUGGAAAAGUUCUGGAAGGUGGUGCUACUAACAGCCACAGCCGGAAAAGAAGGGCUAAAGAGACCAUUGGACUUUUUGAAUCUCGAAGACGUCGAGAUGUGGGACAUGAUAAAGGAGAUGCCAUUGCAACAUGUGGAAAAGACAUUUGAGAAAGUCAAGCAGGGGCAGCUUGAUACUAUUGCGUUGCAAUACAUAAACGAGCAGGAGCACGGAAAGGUGAUUGUUUAACUUGGGGAGAAAGCUAGAGUGGAGCAGUUUGCUCUGAAUCUGGAUAUCGAUUGCAUCUGGGUCCAUAGCGACUUCGAAGCCAAGGAAAAAGUGAAGAGGAUACAGAACUUAAAAAACCAGGAUAUCAAGGUGCUAGUGGGGACAAAGCUGGUUUGCGAGGGCAUUGACAUAGCCGAGGUGCGACUGGUGCUUCUUGUGGGGUACGUGCCGCCAGUGUCGACAUACAUCCAGAUGGCAGGACGUUUGAGAAAGGCGGGGAGGUGCGUGACACUCUGGAACAAACGGUCGUUACACAAAGAUUCUAUGCGUGUGCGGAACUACGCCAAGGCGAUAAGGGAGUUCUAUGGGUUCGAGGAGGAAGCAGGUGAGGAGAUCGGAGGUGAGCCGGGUCUUGAUGAUGACGAAACUACAGGUGUAAUGGGUCUUGAUGAUGACGAAACUACAGGUGUAAUGGGUCUUGGUGAUGAAGAAACUAGAGGUGAACUGAGUCUUGAUGAUGACGAAACUUCAGAUGGAAUAGGUACUCGUGAUCAAGAAACUACCGGUGGUCUUGGCAUUGCUGAUGUACAGCCUGAAAAUAGACCGCUAAGAGAUACACACGACAACACAAGUCAAAUAAUGAGUUGUGAAGAUCCGACAACAGGUACAGCGAAUAAUGUUCGUGAGAACAUUUCUUCUCUUGUAUAUCAAGAAACUCUCUCCUCUGCUAGUCCUUCCGCCUCUACCGAUCCCAUCUCGACCAGCGAAAGUAUUCUCUCGCCUGCCCCCUUCGCGAGUACUCCAGACUCCCCUUCACUCCCCCCUCUAUCUAAAAGACAACAAACUGACUCUCCUCUCAAGAUCCGCGUCAAACAACUGUACCAGAAUGUAUCCGAUAUAUUUGCAUUUCUAGCCAUCCCCAGGCCCCUUCUCUACGCCAUGUAUGGAACAGACUACAGAUACUUCAACUCGAACAUCUUUCUCGCCAAGAAGAACUGGUGUACCGGAUGUCUCAUGUCGGAGGUUACCUGUAUCUGCUGGGAUAACAGUGUGUCCGUUGCGAAGCUGGGCAGCGAUGUCAUGUGCGUUCUGCGAAUGAUAUACGAUGGCGAUCAGUUUGACAGCUGGUACACGCGGUGUCAGAGUAUAGGAAUCCAGAAUUUGAUGGUUGAGUUUGGAGAGCAGAAGGACAUGCUGAGACGUCUAUUCAUGCAGCGGUAUUCGAACUACGUGGCGCUGGUGGAGAAGCAGGGUAUCAAGCGGGGACAUCUAUUCUUACAUGGUACGGUUGCUGCUCAGACUAUGUAUAACAAUACAUGGAACAGACUUGCCACGAGGCAGGCAGACGUACUGGUAUUCUUCGGCGAUCGUGGGAAAGUCGAGACUUGUCCUGAAAUGUGGAGGUGCAGAAACAUACACGAUAUGCGUAGACUACUGGAGUCGCGCCGACAGAGAUAUGGAAAUCUGCCCUUGAUGAAAGAGUACGAGUAUCGCAUGGGGUAUCUCCUGGCGCAGUUUGAAAGUGAGGCGAUACGCAACUUUGUAUUUCAGAGUACCAGGGAUACGUACAUCAGGAAAGACAAAGGACAGAAGGUGGUGCAGCCGCUUACAUGGGAGCUGUUCCUCUUGAUGCAGUUUGCUCUCUUUCAUGAUGAGGGUUACCGGAGACGAGUGGAGGCUACGUUCCCGGAGCUUACCAGAACGAAUCUCUUUCCGCAUUGGCUUCGGAUGAUGUCCGUGCGUGUUGAUGUCCAAGCCAGAGGCGGGGCGGACUAUCGUUACGUGUACUUUAUGGCGAGCAUGCUAUGGAGGAAGGAGUGUAAGAGUAUAUAG